AUGGCCGAGGAUAACAUUAACAAUGGCAACAAUGACAUCAAUCUGGUUCUCGAAGCAAAUAGAGCACUGCGAGAUUAUGUUGUUCCUCUUUUGCAAGGUUUCCACCAAAGCAUUAGGAGACCUUCCAUCAAUAUGAAUAAUUUUGAAAUUAAACCAGCCUACAUUCAGAUGAUUCUGUCUUCGAUCCAAUUUGGUGGGUUACCCAAUGAUGAUCCUAAUGCUCAUUUGGUAAAUUUCUUGAAGAUUUGCGAUACCUUUAAAUACAAUGGAGUAACUGAUGAUGCUAUUAGAUUGAGACUGUUUCCAUUUUCUCUGAGGGAUAAAGCAAAGAGCUGGCUUAAUUCACUGCCUAAUGGGUUUAUCACUACAUGGGAGGAAUUGGCUCAAAAGUUUCUCGCAAAGUUCUUUCUGCUUGCAAAGAUUGCAAAGUUGAGGAACGACAUCACCUCAUUCACACAAUUUGAUGGUGAGUCCUUGUAUGAAGCUUGGGAGAGGUUUAAAGAACUACUGCGAAGAUGUCCACAUCAUGGGCUUCCUGAUUGGCUGCAAGUUCAAACAUUCUACAAUGGGCUGAUUGGGUCAAUUAAAACCAUAAUUGAUGCUAUUGUUGGUGGGGCAUUGAUGAAAAGGUCGGGUUCAAGAAAAGUUGUUGGAGCCUAUGAAAUUGAUGCAAUUGGUAACUUAGCUGCGCUAGUGGUUGCAUUGUCCAAGAAAAUUGACACAUUGGGAGUCCAUGUAGUUCAAAAUUCAUGUGUAGUUGGUGCGAUGUGUGGAGAUGGCCAUUCAAGUGAUCAAUGUUCAUACAAUUCUGCAUCAGUCCAAUUUAUGGGGAACUUUAACAAGCAGCAGAAUAACCCAUACUCUAAUACUUACAAUCCUGGUUGGAAAAACCACCCCAACUUUUCAUGGAACAAUAAUACAGGGCCUUCCAAUUCAAACCCCAACGUGCCUCAUGGUUUUCAACAACAAUCUAGACCACCAAUUCCUGAAAAGAAGUCCCAAGUGAAAGAACUUAUCUUGCAAUAUAUGUCCAAGAUUGAUGCCAUAAUUCAGAGCUAUGGAGCCUCCUUGAGAAAUCUUGAGAUCCAAAUGGGACAGCUUGCAAACUCCAUCAACAGUAAACCCCAAGGUGCCUUACCAAGUGAUACACAAGUCAAUCCCAAUGGUAAGGAACAAUGUAAUGCAGUUACACUUAGGAGUGGAAAAGAAGUCGGAGGGGUGAAUGAAAAAUCAACUGAAUCUUCAAAGGAGCGUAGAAAUGAUGACAAGGCAAUUGUUGAGAAAGAAGUUGAAGAGGAAAAGACAGAUAAUGGGCAAGCUAAAAAUCAAGGGAAUUCUGAAGCAAAUUAUCCUCCACCACCAUUCCCACAAAGGUUGAAAAAACAAAAGCUUGAUAAACAGUUUGAGAAAUUUCUCAAUGUCUUCAAGAAACUCCACAUAAACAUUCCUUUUGCUGAAGCUUUGGAAAACAUGCCAAGUUAUGUCAAAUUCCUAAAAGACAUCUUAACUAAGAAGAGGAAACUGGAAGAUUUUGAAACAGUGGCACUUACUGAGGAGUGCAGCUCAAUAAUUCAGAACAAGCUUCCACCAAAACUUAAAGAUCCAGGGAGUUUUUCUAUACCUUGUACUAUUGGUAGAUUUAAAUUUACUAAAGCUUUAUGUGAUUUGGGUGCAGAUGUUUCAAUCAUGCCUUUGUCAAUUGCUAAGAAAAUUGGACUUAAUGAGAUACAACCUACCACAGUUUCUUUGCAAUUAGCAGAUAGAACAAUCAGGUAUCCUGUUGGGAUUAUUGAGGAUGUAUUGGUUAAAGUUGGGCAUCUUUACAUUCCGGUGGACUUCAUUGUGCUUGAGAUGGAAGAAGAUCAAGAAAUUCCUUUAAUCUUGGGACAACCAUUCUUGGCUACCCGCAGAGUGGACCUAAUUGAUGAAGGAAAAGAUGAACCUAAUUCUCCACCUAUAAGUGAGCAAACACCAAUCUUUGAGUUUAAGCCACCACCUCCACUUGUGAGAGUUGAGCAAUCACCAACGGAGCAUCCUCCACCACCAUCUAAUUGUCCUUUCGAGAUUGGACAACAAGUAAUGCUGCUUUCUAGAUCAUAUUUGAAGCUUUUUCCAUGGAAACGCAAAGAAAGAUGGUGGGGUCUUUUCAAAGUAGUAAAAGCUUAUCCUUGUGGAAUAAUUAAGAUUUAUAGUGAGGACACAGGAACAACCAUGGUUAAUGGGAUGAGCCUUAGACCAUAUUCUGAGGAUGAAGAAUUGAAAAGGGGGGCAUUAUAG